AUUUGUAAAAUGCCUUUAAACUAAUAUAUCUGACGCGAUGACAACACGACAAUUAUGGAAUUUUGUAACAAUUGUUCAAAUGGAACUAAUAUUGUGACAUCACCAAAUGAAGCUGUGAAUUUUCCAUUAUUGCAGAAUAAGUCUGACUGUGAUGUAAUAACAAAAUUAACAAAGACAAUGAACUAUUUUAUGCGAUAUUUAAAAACGAGCAAAAAGUGGGGGCGAGCUUGCCCUAAAUAUUAUUACCACUCCCCCCAGCGGAUAAUAUUUUAUUUAUUAUUUCUUCAUUUACUUUAUUUAUCUUCAAACACCGAAGCGAGAUUACAAGCAGGGACGAAAUACCAUUGGAAAUCAGGUUCGUGGGGGGAAUGUGAGAGCACCUCUUGCGGCGAGGGAGGAGUUCAGAUUCGUUCAGUCAAUUGUGUCUAUGCGAACAAGAAUUGGUUGGUCGUGCAUUCACAUUGUGAUGAAACAAUCAAGCCUAUAGAUCAACGAUCAUGUUUUAAAGUUUGCGCUGAGCAUCGGGAUAAGUACAGAUGGAAGACUGGUGUUUGGCAGGAAUGCCGAUUAGUUGACUCACAACCUGUUACCGGUGAAGUCGAGGACAAAUGUGGAUUGGAUUUCAUACAAAUCGGCUCACAAAUAAGAAAUAUAACUUGCGUCGAUGUGGAUGAUGAAACCGAAGUUAUGGGCAACUACGUCUGUGGAAAGUUCAGCUAUCCUCCGGAUAAUUCAAGAUAUUGCGACAUACCCUGCCCCGUCAAUUGUGUGACGUCACAUUGGAGUCAAUGGAGCACGUGUUCCAAGUCUUGCGGGAACGGAACGCAGUACAGGACUCGCAAUGUGUUAACUAAAGCCGAGUAUGGAGGAUCAGAUUGCCCGAAGCUUUCCUCGGUACGCCCUUGCCCAACACCGCCACCAUGCGACCCGAUUCUUGUAACUUUCUUCUCUGUAACGCAUGUUCUGAAAUUCGGGAAUUGGACGACUUGCAAGCCAACGAAACUUGAGGUUGCAACAGCAACGGGAAGACGACGUUCAAGUCGGAAAGAAAUCAGGCGUCGUCUAUCUCAGGUACAAUCAUCUCUGAUUGGGGGAAGAGGGCGUCACAUGACCUGUUUGAAUGAAGAUGGUGAAUCUGUCGGCGAAAGUGUCAUGAUUGAGGAAACCUGCACUGUGACUCAGCAUUGUGAAGUCAGACCAUGGUCAGAAUGGUCAAAUUGUUUUGCUCUGUGUGGAAAGACUGGGAAUCGAACCCGUACCCGCGAGAUUAAAAUUCUUCCCAGCGGACCAGCAGCAGAUCCCUGCCCUCCGACUGAGGAAACAAAGAACUGUGAUGUUGAUUUGAAUCAUAUGACCAAAUGCAGCGGGUACACGUGGGUGACAGGAGGUUGGGAUCAGUGCAUAACGAUUGAUAACGCAACAUGUGGUGGAGGAAUCCAGACAAGAUACGUUUACUGUGUUGUGAGGAAUGAAUUCACAAUAUACAAGGCUUCAACUGCUGUUGCGUUAGGAGGUAACGAUGGGUUGAAGGAAUGGGCAAAACUGCAACCAGUUCAUGACUCUUUCUGCAAUGAGAACUACAAACCAUUCAUGUGGCAGGAAUGUGAAGUUUUGUGCUCAGGCAUGUGUGAAGUAGGGGAAUGGUCUGAUUGGUCAGAAUGUGCUCCGGACAAAUGCCACACCCCCGAGAACAUUUACUUCCCUGAACCCCUGAGAACAAGUCGAAAGAUUCAGAAGAACGCUUUCAAGCGCCGAAUGAGGAAAAUAGUGGAAGGUUCUGAUAGAGAUGGAUGCUCUCACACCAGGGAGGUUAUACCGUGCGAGGAAACAAGAUGUUUUCACUGGCACCCAGUCUCUACUUCCCAGUGCCAACCAUUGCAAGGAGAGUGCGGGACUGGAACCCAGGACCAACAGAUUGUAUGCAGAGAUAUGUGGAGGAAUAUUGUUGAUGCGGAGCAUUGUUACAGAAAACCUGCAGCUCAUCCAAUCAACACUACGUUGGAUUGCUUCGUUCCUUGUUCGUCAGAUUGCGUGGUCGGAGCCUGGAGUAGUUGGACUCCUUGCACACAUACAUGCAAGAGAGGAAAAAGAGAAAUGGAAAAGCAGACAAGGUUCCGUGAAAUAUUGGCUAAUCCUGGUAUUGGAGGAAAAUCUUGUCCAUCACGUGCAAUGCUACAGGAAAGCAGGUCAUGCAACCAGCACAAGUGUUCGGUUUACUACUGGGAUGUUGGGCCUUGGAGUGUUUGCCAAGUAAAGGACAGUGUAACGCCUACUGCUCCUGCUGUUGGGAUCCGCACUCAAGAUAUGUUCAUGGCUGAUGACGGGAACAACACUAGUGGGCAGCAUAAACCUUUUUAUUUUCCUCCCAAUGAUAAAGAACUUGUGUGCGGUGUUGGUUACCAAAUAAGAACUGUGAAAUGCAGAAAGAAAGACAGUGGAAUCGUGCAGGACAAGCUUUGUGGAAGCAAACGAAUGAUGCCUUUGAUAACCCGAGAUUGCACGUUUCCUUGCCCGAAAGACUGUGUCGUUUCUGAAUGGGGAGAAUGGACAAGCUGUGAGAGAGAAUGUGAAAAAGUAGCAAAAUCAGGUCAAGGCAGUCAAGGGCCAGUGUACCAAGAGCGACAUCGAGUGGUUGUACAGCAUCGUACAGGCAGAGGAACGCCAUGUCCGAUUGAAAUGAAACAAUCCAGACGUUGCCUGGAAACAGAGAAAUGCAUGCUGUUCAGGUGGCGAGUUGGUAAAUGGUCUGAAUGUGUCAAAAUUGCUGGUGCAUCAUCAGUAUAUGGGGAAGCCAAUGCGGAAGAAAAGGAGGUCAAAUGUCAAGGUGCAAUGACCCGCAAAAUCCAAUGCAAACAAUAUUCAUCUUCUGGUGAAAGCAUGUCUGUUGAACUGCGGCUUUGUCUUAAGUACGCCGAUCGUUCAACCCCCGAAAGCAGCAAACACUGCCUCAUUGAAUGCAAAGCCGAUAAAGCUUUUGCUAGAUGGCGAGAGAAGGUUGGUUGCCAGGCCGAUGCAAAAAAGCUUGAAACCAUCGAGGAAAUCUAUGGAAUGCAGAUAAAGUCUUCUGACACCGGGUUAAAAUACAUUACAAUGCAAAAGACUGCAAAACCAAUUGGUCGCUGGUCAUCGUGUAAUAUCACUAAGGAAAUGCCAAGCCGACUUCUUGCAUCAUUGGUUGGAAGAUCAACACCACAGCCGUAUUGUGGUCAAGGAGACCGCCAAAGGGCACUUGCGUGUUACAUUGAAGGUACCGAUGUUAUUGUCGACAAUUCACAUUGCCAAUACACUGAAUUCCAGAAAGAGAGCUGUGAGAUACCAUGUCCGAAAGACUGUCAGUUAUCACCCUGGGCGAGUUGGGGAGCCUGUGGAGACAGCACUGUUGGUAGAACAGACGUUGUGAACAGUGCAAUUUGGCAAAUACUUGGUCUUCAACACCUCGUUGCUCGUCCGCCACCUUGUGGUGAGAACCUGCGUAUGAGAUACAGAUUCUCGAAAAGUGAGUCGGAACAUGGUGGAAGGAGAUGCCCCGUGCUAGAUAAUUUAGGAUUGAAAUAUGACACAGAGCUUUGCCAUACUGUUUGUGACUCUUACUACUGGAUCCCACAAUCCUGGGGAAAAUGUGAGAUUGAUAGAAACGGAGCAUUUUCGAACUGCGGAGAAGGUUAUCAGUAUCGUGAAGUAAAAUGCUAUCAGACAGAUUACGCCAGCGGCUUGACCAACUUUGCUAAUGUUAUUGAAGAUGUCAGGUCAUGUGAUCUAGAGAGCAUGCCAUAUGGAUCUCGUAGAUGUAACGUACCAUGUCCUGGAGAAUGUGUGUAUUCUAAGUGGUCAUCGUGGGAGAAAUGCAUGUCAACGACUUCCGUGGUUGUCGAGUCAGAAGGUCAAAGUUGUUCUGGAAGUAGGAAGCGGACUCGAACUGUUUUGAGGAAAGUUGCCCCGGAAACUGGUUUCCCGGAUUCCCACUGUGAUAACGUGAAUGCAACAACACAAGUUGAACCGUGUGAAAUCAACAUCAAUUGUUUUACAUACAGGUCCAUGUGGACAGAGUGGGGGAAUUGCAUUCUACCUCUAGGUGGCAGCUGUGGCAAUGGAACAAGAGAACGAAGAUCAAACUGCAUCAGUAGUAACGGACUUCCGGUUCACAUCAGCGAGUGCGUGAAAGUGAACGUCUUGGUACCAGAACCUGAACGCGAACCAUGUGGUGUAAAAUGCUCGAUAGAUUGCGAAGUAUCUGCUUGGUGUGCUUGGUCGAAAUGUGGAAACCCUUGCGAUGGAGCAGUGGAGCAGCAGAGAACAAGAAAGAUUAUAAGAGAACCAUCCAUGCUCGGUCGACCAUGUCCCGUAACUAUAGAAACGACUCCUUGUUCACCCAAACCUUGCCAUCGAUGGAUUCUCGGAGAUUGGUCUCAGUGUUCGGUGCCAGGAGGAAACUGCGGGACCGGACUGCAGUUUCGAGAAGUCAAAUGCACUCAAUAUGAUGGCAUCUUAGUAGCUGAUUCUCUUUGUCAAUCUCAACAAGGAAGCACUGAUUUUUGGUUUGCCGAGAAUCAACUGCGCAAGGAUUGCCAGAUCACCUGUGCUGGUGAGUGUCACAUGACACAAUGGUCUCAGUGGAGUGAAUGUCAUCUACGGUGCCUUAAUCUUACGACCCCAGUAUCAGGGGUCACGGGAGGAGUUCAAACAAGAUCACGAGUCGGUUUUAUUAUCGGUCAAAUAAGUGAGAUCGAAUGCCCUCCAUACGAGAUUGGAGAACAAAGUUGCACUCUUGAACUGGCCAAGUGUUUCAUCUACGAUUGGAAAACUACUGCCAAAUUCCACAAAGGUAAGCGACCUGUCUGGUGCGAGAGAACAAUUGACAAAAAGAAUGUGUCGUCGGGAUGUCAUGAAAGACUGAAGCUUCAGGAGGAGUUGUACUGCAAACAAAACUGUGAUGUAAUUCCGAAUUCAUACUGCAGCAAUGCAGGUGUUUGUAAAUGCGACUCCGGGUACCAGCCAAUCUCCCACACAUCAGGAAUUCUUCUCUCCUGCAACGAAACCCAACCAAAUGAUGAUGCUCGCAUUGUCAAGAUUGUAAAAGUCGAAGCAGAACGUCCUGAUCAAAGAAGUACAGUUCGUGAGUCGCCUACUUCAGAUGACAUUCCGCUGGAGACAAGUUCACAAAGUAUCAAUUAUGAAACAACAAAAGAUAUUGUUAUAAAACAAUCAGGAUUUCUUGAUUCGCUGGGAAUGCUCACAGAAGAUGGACAACUGAAGGCCUGGGUUUACGGAGUUCUUGCCGGACUUGUUAUUUUAUUCAUAUUUAUUAUCGCUCUCAUCUACCUCAUAUGUGUGACCUGUUGUCGAAAGAGACAACCGCCAAGUUACGGACUCUACUCUACACGCAAUAUUAAAAGUCGAAGCAGGAAACGACGUAAUAAUAGUAGCGGAAGUAACGUGGGGGUAGGAAUGGUUCUGGGAAUGGGGAGAUUCCCUCCAGCGAACAGUCAAAUGACGUCAUCAAGCAGUAGAAGUGGAUUUUAUCAAUCAGACCAAUAUGAUGAUGUUAUAUGGAAAGAAACGUGAUGACGUAAUUAGCAUCGCCGGUGGAGCAAUAUCGAGAAGUGCAAUAUCAGGGAUAUACCUGGAUCAUACAAUGUCAAGCUACGGGAGCUUAUGGUUAUCAGUGUGUUUAUAAAUACUGUGAUAAUACAAGGAUAAUUUCCCCCUAGAAAUCGCUUCAUCCUUAUCAGUCGGUAUUGUUAAGUUUGCAGACGGGAAACGUCUUGAAAUCUUUCAGCAAAGGAUGAUAUUUUUGGAUUCAAGUUGACUUUGGUGCCCUUGCUGUGUUCAUCAAUUGUUGCAAUAUUUCUGUAUACUAAGAGAUUUUGGUAUCCAUCCCACAGUACUAGAAGGCUGAUAAGACGGCUAUCACUUACCGGUAUCACUUAUAUAGUAAAAUAUGACUACAUCUAUCAUCAGUACUACCAGUCCAAGGAUUUACGAUAGCUACUUAACUAGAUAAUAGUUCCGGAUACAUGGACUUGCAAUGGUAGGGAAAGCAGAACUGAUCAGCCGGUACAUGGACCGCCCUGGUGAAAAUACCAGCAAUCCACCCUCGGAGAUUAAACUCAAUAAGACUCGCUCUGUUAUAGGUUGUGGUGGAUAAAUAAUAUUAUAAACAUCGGCGAACAAUUUGUGUCCCAAGUGCUAUCUAAGUAGAGAACAUCGUCUUAGGAUUCGUGUUUUAAGAGAUGUACAAAUAAUAACAAAUACCUAAUUUAACUGGCUCAUUAAACUAGGACGUUUAGUAAUGCUCAUAUGAUAAGGAACCACUAGUGGAGCGAAUAAGGGAGUUUGGCCCAAUGAUUAUCUGACUCUAUGACAUCGCAGAUUACGGUCACUGGUUUAAAUUUGAUACCGAUACCCAAGGACUUGCUCAGGGUGAAACUGAAAAUCCCAAAAUAUAAAAGAUCCUUACAUAACAGUGGCUCCCUGUGCAAAGACUUUUGCGGGCCUAAUCCGUUUAAAUACAUUGUAUAAAAACAAGCCAUCAUUUUUCCAGACUUCUUAUAAAUGCUUGUGACAACGACUAAUCAAAAAGCAAGCUGGGAUAAUUUUGAACUUUGACACCUGACGCAUCAAGUGAUAUUUCGUUUUGACUUGAUUCCUUUCUCCAGAUCAGUUUAUUUGCAAAACUAUUCCUGCCUCUAUUAUAUUUAUACUUUUUAUAUUGCAUGCCUAAUGUAUGGAGCAUUUGUCAUAAAUUAUAUCACAAAUCUCGAUUUA